UUCUUAUUAAAUGUUAUUAACUAUAAUUUUUAUACUAUCUUAAAUAAAGAUUUUAAUAUGAGUAAUAAAAAGAGAGUGGAACUAACAAAAAUGAACAAUGAACCAGAGGAUUUAGAAGAUAUAGAUAUGAAUGAAGAUAUAAAUUCUGAAGAAGAAUAUACUGAAAAUGAACACAAAUUGCUCAGAAAAGUGCGAGAUAGACAGCCUUCAGAAAAUUAUGACAGUGAUUAUGAAGUAUAUGGAUUACAUGAAGUAAGUGAGGAAGAUCAAGAUGAUAUAGAAAACAAGGAAGAAACAGAUUCUAUGGAAUCUGACAUUGAAGGAUUGCAAGAAGAUUUUGAUUUACCAAAUGAAAAAGCUUGGGGAAAAAAGAAAAAAGUUUAUUAUUCAACAGAUUAUGUAGAUCCUGAUUAUGCUACUGCCAGUCAAAAAGAUUUAGCUGAGGCAGAAUUAGAAGAAGAAGAAGCUAAGAAUAUACAAAAAAGGUUAGCAGAGCAAUUAGAUGAUGCUGAUUUUGGAUUAGAUUUUAUCCAGACAAUAAAAAACAAUGAAGAAGAAGUGUAUAAGCAUGCAGAACAAUUUAUAAAGACUGAUCUGAGUAAACUUAGUAAAAGACAAAAACAAGCAAUAAUACAGAAAGAAAGUCCUGAAUUUAUAGUUCUUGUAAAUGAUUUUAAAGAUCACAUGACAGAAGCAAAAGAUUCACUGGCACCAUUUUUAAAAUUGAUUAAAAGUGAUGUAUUCGUUGAUUGCCCCAUAGUUUCUUUUGUAAAGACAAAGUAUCAUCUUUUGUUAAAUUAUUGUAUCAAUAUUUCUUUUUACUUGAUGCUUAAAGCAAAAAGAUUACCUGUUAGUUCUCAUCCAGUUAUAAAACGUUUAGCACAAUAUCGUCAGCUAUUAAAUCAACUGGAAUUUGGACAAGGAGCUUUAAUAGAAGAAAUACAGGAAAUAUUAAAAGCAAAGAAAGAAGGAAAACCUUUAUAUAACAUAUUGGAUGGUAGUAAAAUAAAUAUUAAUAAACGAAAGACAACUCACUUUGAAAAAAAAGCAAAUUAUGUAAAUAAUUCUGCAAAUAAAGUUAUAGAAUUAGAAUCUGAAUAUGAAGUUGAGUCAAAACAGAGUGUAUGUGUAAAUGAAGAAAGUGAUUUACAAAAUGAAGAAGAAAAUAAAAUGAAAAGUAAUGACAUAUUAGAUGCAGUAAACAAUGAAGGAAAAAGAGCAAUUACAUAUCAAAUAGCAAAGAACAAAGGUUUAACACCACACCGUAAGAAAGAACAACGGAAUCCUAGAGUAAAACACAGAAAUAAAUAUCGUAAAGCUAAAAUUCGCAGAAAGGGAGCAAUAAGAGAAGUAAGAAAAGAAGUUACUCGUUAUGCUGGAGAGAUAUCAGGUAUUAAAGCUGGUGUAAAGAAAAGCAUUAAACUGAAAUAA